AAGUUUAUGUAAUUAGGAUAUAAGAAUGGGUAAUUUAGAAAUAUGGUUGGCUUGGUUGCAAAAAAAGUCUGUUAAUUAAAACAGAGAAAACUUUAUCAGAUGUCCUUGUUAUCACAGUAGUAUGUGAACGUUAGUAGGGAAGUUACUGUAAGGUAAGGGCUAAUUGUACUUUCCUUGACCAUACUGUACAUGGUUGUUAGAAAUGUUCCAAGACCAGACUAAAGACCCAGCAGGACUGUUAGAGGAAGGAGACGUGGUCAAUCUCAUCAGCAAGCUUAACAGUAACAUUUCUUCUGCCCGUAUACACCAGAAACUUAAGGAAUUUGAGCUGAAGAAGACUGAUGGUAGCAUGGAGGGCUGGACAAGUCCCCGGGGGAGGAUACACAGUGACGAAUUUGUAACCUUGUUCAAGGAAUUGUCGACACGCCCGGAGAUUUACUUUCUAUUGGUUCGGUAUGUAAAUAUAUAUAUAGGAAUUUCUUGUCCCGUUAUAAAACACCUACAGUCAU